AGUAGGUCAAUUGCUCCUCCUCCGCGACAUCAAGUUUCUUUUCACCGUGGAUUCCUCCCUGGCACCAAUGCGUAGAGGGGCCCACCUGGUCCCCCAUCACUCGAUGCAUCCCGCCAGUGUCACUUCAGACCAUGAUCUCAAUUCCACUCGCUUCUUCCCCGUCCAGAUAACAUCACUCCGCCAGGCAACAUGGCAACCACCUCCAUGGUCCGCCUUCCCAAUGGCCAGAACCUCGUCGUUACACCAGUAUUCGGAGGUCUCUUCUUCAAGUCCCACGAAGUGACGGGCGCCCACUCGCCCUUUCCGGCCGGUUGGACGAUAGUCCUGCAUUCGAUUGGGGAAUUUGACGAUCAUGGGGAAGUGGCUCACGAAGAGAAGGACAAGGAUGCAUUACCCGAGACCGAAGAGAGGAGACGCAGGAUACACCCGUACAGACAUCCCACACGGGAAAACGAUCACCUUUUCAUAUCCUCAAUAUCCUAUCCCAACAGUCAGGAGUACGGGCCUGCGUAUUCCCCUACAAGACACAUUGCAAUGAUGCUCUGGGCGACGCUGUACUGGUACUUUCACCAGCCCGAGCCCGACCUGCACAUCACCAACGACACUACCAAGCAUACACCGCCGUCGGGAAGACCCCAGGGAGAAUGGAGAAUCAAUAUAAACCGGGAAGGCAUAUUCCAGGGCAAAGUGAUCCUACCAAAGCUGGAGCGCAUGGGCCUGAUAUCGAGCGAAGAAUCCUUCGUUGGCGAAAACCUCGAGGGUAAAGAAGGCUGGACAGAGAUGUUCGUCUCCCGGCGCUCCUUCUGGCAACUCGACCCUCGAAUCUACCUCUCCACCCUCCCCUCCACCCUCCAUGGGGGCCACUCCCCCUUCCAAACCGGCAGCCCCUACAACUCCCGUCCCAGCUCCCCUCACCCAGGCCACGAACGAGAACCUCCCAAAGAGCAUCAAUCGGGGCUCUGGUCCCCAACCGCUCCAGGGCCCUUCCACUCCGGCAGCCACCUACCGACCUACUACCCUCCCCCUCCACCCCAAUACACCCUGACGAACACCGUCCGACAUCCCAUCCGGCCCAAACCCCCUCGACAAGGCGAAGUCUUCUACACGCGCUACAUCCCCAGCUUCGGCCAAUACAUCUCCUUCCGCGUAGCCUCCCUAUCCAAAACCCCCGUCCGCCAUCUCGGCCCCGUAUCCCUCACCCACACCCCGCACCACGGUCCCUCCCCCCUCUCCGUCUCCGACUCCGACUCCCACGUCCCAACCCCCUCAACACCCAACCCCGGAAUGACAGACACCGAAUACCUCCACAAAUGGAUGAACACAUCGCGCGUCGCCUACUUCUGGGGCGAAUCCGGCCCGCUCUCCCACCAAGAAUCCUUCCUCCGCAGGGUCCUCACCUCGCGCCACAGUUUCCCCGUCAUCGCUUCCUGGGACGACAAGCCGUUUGGCUAUUUCGAAAUCUACUGGGUGAAAGAGGAUCCCGUGGCGAGGUUCUUGCCGCACGUGGGCGAUUACGAUAGGGGGUUCCAUUGUUUGGUGGGCGAGCAGGAGUUUAGGGGCGCGGCGAGGGUGAAGGUCUGGUUGGCGGCUUUGGUGCAUUAUCUUUGGUUGGCGGAUAUUAGGACUGAGACGGUGGUAUUGGAGCCUAGGGUUGAUAAUGAGAGGUUGACGCAGUACUGUCUCGAUGCGGGUUUCUAUCGCGAAAGAAUCGUCGAUAUGCCGCAUAAGCGGGCGAAUAUACUAAAGAUACAGAGGAGUACGUGGGAGGGACCGGCAUUAUGAAGAGAAGACGAGGUUUGAGGAAGAAUAUAGACAAUGAUAAUGUAUUUAUGUGCAAUGACCAGCGCUGAAACAAAUGCAAUGCAAUUCAUGG